AUGGCGCGCGCGACGGGCGGGGGGACGUCGACGCGGCGAGGGCGACGGGGCGGCGGACGCGCGGGCGCGCGGACGCGCGCGAUCGUCGGCGCGACGGGCGCGAUGAGCGCCAUCGGUGCCAUCGUCCACGGGGCGGUGGUGGACAUGGAUUUACGCACGAGAGAAUUGCGCGCGCGGUGGCGGGACGCGUUGGAGGGGGUGGACACCGCGGUGUACGUCGUCGCGAAGGACGCGCGCGAGAGAGACGCGGCGAGACGGGCGGCGCGCGUCGUCGAUCACGAGAUCGAGCUCGAGCGCCAGGGCGCGAUCGUCCCGAGAAACGCGCUCUUGAUCGCGAUCGCGGACCCGUCCUCGCUCGGUGCGCGCGGGUCUCGAGCGUUCGAUGAUUUCUUCGCCCCGACGGCGCGCCUCGCCUCGGCGUCCGCGCGCCUCUCGGAAACCCUCGACGACGCCUCCGUCGUCGUCGUGCACCACGACCUCGCGAACGAUCGACGAUCCAUCGCUCGCGUUCCCUGUCCCUCGCGCGCGUGCGAGUCGGACGUCGCGCGCGUCCUUCGUCGUCCCGGGUCCGUCGACGCCUCGGCGUGA